AAGAUAUCAAGACGAAAGUAUAGAAUAUUGGCACUAUGAGUGUCACGGCACAAAAGUGCUCAAGUUUGUCUACCCAAGACGCUUUGGUACUUUGUACCAUAGCGUUCAUGGGUUAUGUAUGGAAAAAGUUGUGCGACUUGGAAAGUGGUCACUAUAGUUCAUUGGAUUAUAGAAAACUAUUACGAGCAAGGAGAAAUCGGCUACCUCCGUUAUUAUAUAUUGACUUUAAUUGUUGUUGGCAAAAGUCAAGUUGGUAUGUCCGUGUGAAAAGAGAGUCAAGUCCUUUGGAAGCGGCGAAUUCAUCAACCAAAAAUAGGAAAGAACCGAAGAACAGACAAGUGAGAUUCUCUGAAGCAAAUGAAAUUAUGAACUUUGACGGAGAAAAGAGGUUAACGAAAAGAAAAGGUGAAGUUAUCCGUGGAAUAUUAAGAAACGUAGGUACGAACAGUGAUGCGAAGGUGAAAGAUGGCGUAGUUUCUUCCAUUGCAAGUCCGAAAGAGAUCGAGUAUGACUCCAUGGAACGUUAUGUAACUUUACUUGCUAAAAAGAUUGACCGUAGUAUACGAUUAGAAAUGGAUACUUUGCGCAGUGAAGUACAACAAAUUCGAAGGAUGCUUUCUAAUAGCAGUGAGAAAGAUUUGUAUUGGAGAAAUUCUGGAGAACCUUUGAAAAGAUGGAAAACGUCUGAUGGGGACCGUUUGAACAUCAAUACGAGUGCGUCUUUGUCUACUAAGAAGGAUCUCUUUUUACAAUCUCAACGUCCCGUAACUCGCGUUGAGAAGAGUAAUCUUUCAUUUGAAAAGGAACAUAGAUCUUCUAUAAGAACUGUAACUUAUCUUUCCAAUCACUUGGGAGCAGUUCGAAAGGUUAUUUUAGAGCCUACUGAACUAUCUUGGUCUAAAAUGGAGAGAACAAGUUUUCGUAUUGUUACGGCAUCAGAAGAUUGUACUUUAAAGCUUUGGAAUUUGGAAGCGAAAUAUACUACCAACUCUUCUAAUACUUCAGAACCGUAUCAUUCGAACAAUUCUGAUCGCAAGACGUCCGCAUUAAUGACUAGCCUAAGUUGUGAAAGUAUUCAUACUUAUCGUGGUCACUUGGCACCCAUUUUGAGUGCACAAAUAUUUCCAGAUAUGACAUUGAAUGGUAGAAAUGGUCUGCUUGUAUCUGGAGAUGCUCAAGGCUCUCUCCUCUUUUGGGAUAUUCCUAAUGCUGAAGAAACUGCAGCAUAUAUGAGUUAUCAUCAGUUGUUUCCAUUUCAACGUUAUAUUGUUACAAAUGUUCAUGAAAAGGAAUGCAUUUGGGAUAUUUGUAAGCCUUUGAGAGAUUCUCCUUUGAUGGCAACUGCAGGUGCUGAUGGGACAGUCAAGUUGUGGGACUAUUCUUCUUUUCGAUGGGAUGAUGAAAGUCCUAUUCAUAGAUAUGGUCAAAUGGAACCCUUAGGAAUUAUUCGGUUUCAUCAAUUAGAAUUAAGCUCUAAACAAAAUAGUCCAACUGUAUUUGGAGUGGAUACUUUGUCAUAUACUCAGUCGGGAAAUCUGUUGGUUGGCUCAGAGUUGGGCAUGCUUUGUUGUAUUGACUUGAAAGAAAGGUCCAUAAGUAAUCGAUGGUAUACUAAUCCAUUGGUUUACCCGAGUCAAGAGCGAUUAGGAAGUAUUUAUACCAUUGAGACUGUUAACUCUGUUCAAGUCUUAUUGGGUGGAAGUGCUGGUAAUAUUGUGUUACAAGAUCUCCGAAUGGAAAAGCCAAGUCAGGAAAUAGAAAAGGGUGCAGGUGCUUUGGCAAUGAUUACUUGUAUUCGUUCCUUUGUAAAUAAUUAUUGUAUUGCAUGUGGUGGUAAUCAAGGUAUGGUUAGGUUCUGGGAUAUUCGGAAGAUGGAUACUUGCCUAGAAGACUUGAAUGUGAGUCAAAAAUCAACCCAUCAAGACAAAUGUUGUAUUUGGAGUUUGUUGAAUAUUCCGAAUUGGAAUUGUUUGUUGGCUGCAACUUCAUUGGGUUAUACAUUUAUUUGUUCUAAGGAUAUUUAAUACUUUCUCUAUUGAAAUGUGAUAUAUUUGUUGUGUGUUUUUCUGUUUUCG